AUGCUCUGUCUUCGCUGCAGGGCUCUGCCCGCCCUCCAAACCCCGGUGUCCACCAUGCGCACGCCGAUGACCAGGCCCAUCACACCAUCCACCCUCCUCGCCUACCGACCCUUCUCAACCACCCUCCUCUCAACACCAACCCGCCUCCAACAAACCCAACCCCAGACGCUCUCCCUCCAGACUCCCUCGACAUCGGCGUCUCUCGCCCCGUCAAUCUCAUCACUGCUGCCACCGCAGACCCGCUCGUUCUCGGCAACGGCUUCGCUGGGCGUGAAGCGUAACACGUUCCGCCCCUCGCGGCGUGUGCAGAAGCGUCGCUCGGGCUUUUUGGCUCGUAACACGGAUAGGAAAGGGCGGUUGACUAUUAUUCGUCGGCGGGUGAAGGGGCGGAAGGCGAUGAGUUGGUAA